UCUUUUUUCUUUUUCUGGUAGCUUCCACUUUUUCAAAACUGUAUCGCAGCAAGAAGUACUGCACUUGGAUUUGCCACACGGCGUCGUCGAGAAAUCUCCUUUAAUAGUGGUUUGUAAGCUUGUAAGCUGCAAAAAUGGCGACUGUUAUGCAGAAAAUCAAAGAUAUUGAAGAUGAGAUGGCAAGGACUCAAAAGAACAAGGCUACAGCACAUCACCUUGGUUUGCUUAAGGCUAAACUUGCAAAGCUACGUAGAGAACUCCUUGAACCUUCAUCAAAAGGAGGUGGUGGUGCUGGUCAAGGUUUUGAUGUUACUAAAAGUGGAGAUGCCAGAGUUGGCCUAGUGGGUUUUCCUUCAGUUGGGAAAUCGACACUGCUAAACAAAUUAACAGGCACGUUUUCAGAGGUUGCUUCCUAUGAAUUUACCACUUUGACUUGCAUCCCAGGCGUUAUUGUUUAUAGAGGAGCUAAAAUUCAGUUAUUGGACCUUCCUGGUAUUAUUGAAGGUGCUAAGGAUGGGAAGGGACGAGGAAGGCAGGUUAUCAGUACUGCUAGGACAUGCAACUGUAUCUUGAUUGUUCUUGAUGCAAUAAAGCCGAUAACUCACAAGCGUCUGAUAGAGAAAGAGCUUGAGGGAUUUGGCAUAAGAUUAAACAAGGAACCACCUAAUCUGACAUUCAGGAAGAAAGACAAGGGUGGGAUUAAUUUCACCACAACAGUUGCCAACACACACCUUGAUCUUGAAACUGUGAAGGCAAUAUGUAGUGAAUACAGAAUUCACAAUGCUGAUAUUACAUUGAGAUAUGAUGCAACUGCUGAUGACCUGAUUGAUGUCAUUGAGGGCAGUAGGAUAUACAUGCCCUGCAUUUAUGUAGUAAACAAGAUUGAUCAGAUUACCCUGGAAGAGCUGGAGAUUUUGGACAAACUGCCUCACUACUGCCCAAUCAGUGCUCACCUAGAAUGGAACCUUGAUGGUUUGCUGGACAAGAUUUGGGAAUAUCUAGAUUUGACUCGCAUAUACACGAAGCCAAAAGGAAUGAACCCAGACUAUGAAGAUCCUGUAAUUCUGUCAUCUAAAAAGCGAACAGUUGAGGAUUUCUGCAUCCGUAUCCACAAGGAUAUGUUAAAACAAUUUAAGUAUGCUCUGGUGUGGGGAUCAAGCGCUAAACACAAGCCCCAGAGGGUUGGCAAGGAACAUGAACUAGAGGAUGAAGAUGUCGUGCAAAUAAUAAAGAAAGUGUGAUGAACACUCGGCUCCAAUCGCGAGUCCUCUAUUUAAGUUCUGCAGGUUGCAGAAGCCGGUGUGUGAAAGAUUCCAUCCAAUUUUCUGCAUUAUGAAAGCGAUCGAGUGGAAGAGAAGCUCAAUUUCUGAGAUUGAAGGUGACAGCUUGUUAUGUAAUUAAUCUAAAUUCUGAUCAAGCACUUUUCGAUGGUGAUAUAAUUUUUGUUUGCCAUGAUAUGUACAACCUUAGUGAUGAGAUUGGUCAAAGAGAAUUAGUUGGUUGAAUAAACCUGGGCGGAAAUUAGAGACCGUAUCCCCAUUAAUUGUGCUUGAAAAACAGAGUUUUCUAAGAGAUAGCUCAUGCAUUUCCAUUGGUCUCCUUGUGAACUUGGCACGCAAGUUCAAGGCGGAUUCAAGUCAUUUAUUAAAGGCAAAUUGCAUUUUUAUGUC